CUGAAUGGAAAUGUUCGAGGACACAUGGUCGAGUGAGGCAGCUUCUCCAAAAUAUCAGCAAAUUGUGCCAAACUAUGGAGAACUCCGAUGUUAAGCUUAUUUGAAUUUUGGAAGCCAGAAACGCAACGAAACAAAGGAGGAAGCCAAGGCAGGAAGGAAGGAUGAAAGACACAGUGCAGUCGGUAGAUUUAGGGGGUGCUUGCUUGAAAGGGGGCAACAAAUUGCCAUCGAAGCUUUGGCUUAAGAAUGAGCUUUUCCGUGUGGGACUUGCUGAGACCCUCUGCACAUAUGUCAUGAUGGUGUUUGGCCUGGGCUCUGUGGCCCAGGUUGUGACAGGACGAGGCGUUUUUGGACAAUACCUCAGCAUUAACCUGGGUUUUGGCCUUGGUGUCACCAUGGGAGUGCACAUUGGCGGAAAGGUCUCAGGGGCUCAUAUGAAUGGAGCAGUGUCAUUCACAAUGUGUGUGUUUGGCCGCCUUGCAUGGAGGAUGCUGCCUCUCUAUGUUUGUACACAGCUGCUUGGCUCAUUUCUUGCAGCCGGGACAAUUUAUGCUGUUUACUAUGAUGCCAUAUAUGUCUACAGCGGUGGGAAUUUAACAGUGACUGGCCCAAACGCCACAGCCGGAAUCUUUGCCACUUACCCUGCACAGUACCUGUCCUUACAUGCUGGAUUCUUUGACCAGGUAUUUGGCACAGCCAUGCUGCUGCUUUGUCUGAUGGCUCUGUCUGACCAGAGGAACAAGCCAGCCGCAGCAGGGAGUGAGCCGGUUGCAGUGGGCCUCCUUGUGUUGCUCAUUGGCAUUUCUUUGGGCAGCAACAGUGGAUACGCUAUCAAUCCAACUAGAGACCUAGCACCCAGGGUCUUCACUGCCAUAGCAGGCUGGGGGAUUGAUGUGUUCAGGGCUGGAAAAGGGUGGUGGUGGGUGCCUGUAGUUGCCCCUCUUGUAGGAGGUCUAUUGGGUGCAGGGGUCUACAAAGCCUUUGUGGAGCUCCACCACCCUUCAAUUUGUGACCAAAACAAGAAGCAACCUGGAGUGCCAGAAGAGACUGCCCACCUGGAAAAACAAGAUGGCAUUUUUACUGACGAGUGUGUGUGAGG